AUGGUCUGGACCCACUGUCUCUUCAGAAGACCCACUGUCUCUUCAGAAAGUACCUCCACCCCAGGCCCUGGGAGUCCUACCACCACUCCUGACUCGUCUGGACCCACUGUCUCUUCAGAAAGUACCUCCACCCCAGGCCCUGGGAGUCCUACCACCGCUCCUGACUGGUCUGGAUCCACUGUCUCUUCAGAAAUUUCCUCCACUACAGGUACUGAGAGUUCUAGCACCAUUCCUCACUGGUCUGGAUCCACUAUCUCUUCAGAAAGUUUCUCUACCACAGGCACUGGGCAUUCUAGCAAAUUUCCUGACUCGUCUGGACCCACUGUCUCUUCAGAAAGGACCUCCACCCCAGGCCCUGGGAGUCCUUCCACUGUUCCUGAAUGGUUUGGAUCUACCUUCUCCUCAGAAAGUUCUCCUACCACAGACCCUGCGGGUUCUAGCACCAUUUCUGAAUGGUCUGAAUCUACCUUCUCUUUAGAAAGUUCUCCUACCACAGGCCCUGGGCGUUCUAGCACCAUUCCUGACUGGUCUGGUUCCACUGUCUCUUCAGAAAGGUCCUCCACCCUAGGCCGUGGGAGUUCUAUCACCUUUUCUGACUGGUCUGAAUCCACUGUCUCUUCAGAAAGUUCUCCCACCACAGGCCCUCGGAGUUCUAGCACCGUUUCUGACUGGUCUGGAUCCACUGUCUCUUCAGAAAGUUCCUCCACCCCAGGCCCUGGGAGUUCUAGCACUGUUCCUGAAUGGUCUGGCUCCACCAAUGCGUCAGUCCCUGGGUUUCGUACCAUUUCAACUCUUCAUCCUUCAUUCACUAGUAGGAACACAGUUGUGACGACAGCCCAUUCUCUGACUACGACACCACGGCAGUGCUAUAAUGGGGCCACUUGGAACGGAGAAGAUUGUAUCUGCCCUCAAGGCUACUUUGGUUACCAGUGCAAAUCCCUCUUGGAUUACCACUUCCUAGAAAUCCCAGAAAAAAUCAAUGCCACUGUAGACCUGAGGGUGAAAGUGACUAACAAGAAUUUCACAAAAGAGCUAAAUAACAUAUCCUCCCAUGAACACCGGGAUUUCACUCAAAAGUUCAAGAAUCAGAUGGCUAAAGCUUACAAGGGCGAUGACUUUCCCCAGUACAAAGAUGUGAUCAUUAGGAGACUGCUCAAUGGCAGCGUUGUGGUGGAACAUGAAGUCGUCAUGGAGGCAAACUUCACACCAAAAUUUCAGGAACUGUUUGAAAACCUCACCAAGAUCAUAAACCUCAAGCUUACAAAUGAGACCAGAAGGCUAAGCAGUGAUUCUCAAGAGUGCAAAGACGCCAUGGAUCUGUGCUUUGACAAGACCAUCUUCGUUAACGAGACAGUGAAGCUUGGCUUUGACCUGCAAGGGCAAUGCACCCAGCAGGUGGCCAAGGACUUUGCCCAAUUCUACUAUGUGGAUGAACUGGAUGGGAAGCUUGCCUGUGUGACCAAAUGUACCACGGGGACAAAGUCGCAAAUGAACUGUAACCAAGGCACCUGCCAGCUGCAGCAAAGCGGGCCCCGCUGCCUAUGCCCGAACUCCAAGACCCACUGGUACUGGGGAGAAAGCUGUGAACUCAGCACCAGCAAGAGCCUGGUGUUCGGGAUCGUGGGGGCCGUGGCGGUGCUGCUCGUGCUCGCGGUGCUGCUCCUGACCGUCUUCCUCGGCCGAUCCCAGAAAAAACUGCGCAGCCAGGAAUACAAUUUCUCUCGAGAGUGGCAAGGAGAAGAUGUCCCUGCCGGUUUCCAGAACACAGGCAUCUGGGAAGGCCAGAAUCUGAAGGGGGACAAGUUUGCCCUUGAAAACACUUACCAACACUUCCAGCCCUCCCUGGAGAAUGUGGAUCCCACCACAGAGCUCCACAUUCAGAGGCCCAAGGUGGUGACAACUGCUCAGUGAUGGGGGACAUGGACUCCCACCCCUCAGCCAGAUCUGGACGACCAGGCAGUGGCAGAGUCCUCCACAGGCCCAGGUCCACCAGGAGGAAACAGACGUCAGGGCCCAAGGAGGUCCUGCUCAGGGCUGGUGGCCUUGCCUGGCUCCCGCUGCUGUGAGCCCCCUCUGCUGCCUCGCACUCCUUCUGGGGCCCUCAAGGCUGCCCAGACACCUCAGCAUCUUGUUUGCUCCGCUCUGGCAUUUCCUACCAAUAAAAGAACAAGUUUUAAAGUGCAGA